AUGCAUCACCACCUGAGUCUGUCGGCCAUCGCCGCCCUCGUCCCUCUGGCUCUCGCCCAGGCGCAGCAGCCAUGUGCGCCGGUCAACAUCAUCGUCGCCCGCGGCAGUGUCGAGGUCCAGGGUGCCGGUCUGUUGGGUAACAUUGCGAAGAACGCGUCGAGCCAGAUCCCCGGAUCCAUCAUCACGCCGCUGGUGUACCCGGCACAGCUCGACCCCUACCCCCCGUCAGUGGCGGCCGGUGUGACCAACAUGACGAGCCUCCUGAACCAGCAGGCGCAGCAAUGCCCCGGAACCAAGCUUGUGUUGAUGGGAUACUCUCAGGGUGCGCAGGUGUCGCUCGACACCCUCUGUGGUACGACGGACGGCCCAAACUUCAACACCACGGUGGCACAGGCGCCGAUGGUUGGAAGCAAGAUCGCCGCCGUCGUCUUGUUCGGUGACCCGACUUUCAUCGCCAGCCAGCCCUUUGCCAGAGGCACCAGCAAAAAGAACGGCAUCUUCCCGCGCCAGGACUUCUCGCAGUGCCAGAGCCUCACAACCAGGUUCGCGUCCUUCUGCGACGACACGGAUCUCUUCUGCGCCUCGGGCCAGAAUCUGACCGUCCAUCUCGGCUACUUCCAGAACCAGCAGUACAUCGCCAUGGCGUCGUCCUUCAUCGUCCAGAACGUCCGGUAA